AGCGCCUGAAUUCUUGUGACUAUAAAAUGCAGCUAGGCUGUUGCUCGGGCGUGAAUUUUAGAGUUUGCAUGGAUUGAGUGUUUGUCCAAACGUAACAUUCUUCUGACGUUCGAGGUCACGUCGCCGGGUUCGAAGGUAUUUCCUCACGUGGAGAGGCUCCCGUCGCUACUGUUGCAGCAGGCUCUGCUCAUUUCUAGCACUUUCUAUAAGCGGUAGCAGGCAUGGCAGGUCAGGCGUUCAAGAAGUUUCUGCCCCUCUUCGAUCGUGUUUUGGUGGAAAGGGUUGCAGCAGAAAAGGUAACAAAAGGCGGCAUCAUGCUUCCAGAAAAAUCCCAAGGUAAAGUGCUUCAAGCAACCGUUGUAGCGGUUGGACCUGGCAACCGAGUAAAGAAUGGUGACAUCCACCCAGUUAACGUAAAAGUUGGUGAAACAGUUCUACUCCCAGAAUAUGGAGGGACUAAAGUUGUCCUGGAUGAUAAGGAUUACUACUUGUUUAGAGAUGGCGAUAUUCUUGGAAAAUACACAGCAUAAAUUUUGGAUGUUCCCUCAGUUUUAAGAAACUGACCAUUCCGUGAAGUACCUACCUUUUUGUUUCAGCCUGUAAAUACCAUUUUUUGAGCUUUGGUACAAUAAAUUCAUUGUUAAACCUU